CAGCUGAGCCACCGCCUCGACAAGGUCUUCGGCGAGGACGCGAGCCAGAGUGAAGUUUUCGAGUGGGUGACGCCGGCCGUCGCGGACGUCGCGCGGCGGGGCGUCCACGCGACGAUCUUCGCCUACGGCCAGACGGGCACGGGCAAGACGCACACGAUGAUGGGCGACAUCGGCGAGGGCGGCCUGGGGGACCGCGCGGGCAUCAUCCCGCGCGCGGCCGCCGCGCUCUUCGAGACGCUCGGCGCGGGCGCGGCGGCCAUGUCCAUCGUGCGAUCGACCGUGCACUGCUCCUACAUGCAGAUCUACGGCGACCGCGUCAUGGACAUGCUCGCCGACGGGCGCUCCGGGUCGCUGGCCGUCCGCGAGACGCCGUUCUCGGGCGCGCGCGGCUCGUCCAAGUCCAUCUUCGUCCAGGGCCUGAGCGAGUACCAGGUCACGUCCGCGGGCGACGUCCUGAGCCUCGUCGCCCGCGGCGACGCCGCGCGGGCGACGCGCGCGACGGACCACAACGCCCAGAGCAGUCGGUCCCACGCGAUCCUGCAGCUCGCGCUCGAGGUCGAGUCCGUCGAGACGGGCGACGAUGCGAAGCAGUCCUGGCGCUUGGUGGAUCUGGCGGGGUCCGAGAAAUGGAGCGACUCCGCGACGCACGACAAGGCGCUGGCCUCGGAGCUCCGGGCCAUCAACAAGUCGCUGUCGGCGCUCGGCAACUGCAUCGCCGCUUUAGCCGACCUCGCGACGCAACAGCAGGGCGCGGCGCAGGCCGAGGGCGGCCGCGUCCAGUCGCGCGGGUCCCUCCGGAGCCACGUGCCGUACCGCGAUUCGACGCUCACGCGCCUGCUCCAGGACGCGCUCGGCGGCGGCACGCGGGCCGUCGUCAUCGCGACGGCGUCGGCCGCCGCGAGCGCCUCCGACGAGACGAACUCGACCUUGGCCUUCGCGCAGCGCGCGACGCGCGUC